AUGACGCAGUACGACUCUAUUGGGUCUUCGUAUCUUGUCGUAGGCGAACUUCUCUUUAAACAAAUGGAGCUUGCCAUGGUGAGGAGGGCCAUCCGACCAUUGCUGAAACCGGACGCCACUAUCGUGGAGUUUGCUUGUGGCACAGGAUUCUAUACCCAGGAAAUAUUGUCGUGGACCACCUCGACGAUAACAUCAAUGGACAUUUCUCCAGUCAUGCUGGACAUUGCGUCCAAGAACAUUUCGGCAGGCGGUAGAGGCCGCGUCCGUUUCGUGCUUGGGGACGGUACUGUAUUAAGGUCCUAUGCUCCCGACAAGUCAAUCGGCUUCUUUGACUGUGCUUUCGGCGGCUGGUUUUUGAAUUACGCGGAGAACAGAACCGAGUUGAUAGCAAUGUUUGCUACUAUUGCGCAUAAUCUCAGCCACGAUGGGGUAUUUGUUGGAGUGGUGCCUCAUCCCACUGAAGACUUGAUUGCGCGGAGGAAAGCAUAUAGUCGCUCACCGCUAGACCGAAUGUGGCCGCGUCUAGAAUACAUCAAAGAGAUUGAUGAAGGGUCAGGCUGGAGUUCCCGCAUACACCUGGAUGAGGAUGUGAGCUUCGUGGCAACGCACAUGAAGCAAUCUACAUAUAUCAAUCACUUGUGCAAAUUGACAAGGAAUUAUAAGUUUUACGGAUAA